UUACCUCCCCUGUGUGAUUUCACAAUCGCAGGCAAGUCGGUGCUUUCUGUGUAUGGUUCAAUAGUGAGUUGUCAGGUAGGGUGUUGUUGGCGAGUUGUGCAAGGACACCCGUAUAUAUACACCCAGGGGCCUACAUCCCCAUACAGGACCCGGGGGACAGGAUGUGAGACCACACAGUCGGAGAUCGGGAUAAACAGGAGGACGCUGACAGUCGUCUGGACAAGAAAGCCAUCUUACUUUCACUUUCACUUUGAGAGUGACUGGAUGAUUUAGUCUAAAUAGCUUCAAUAUAUCACUGAAACCGUCCACCAAACUCAACAUGUCUGAGGCCAUUACGUUGACAUCCAUAUCUGUAGGAGAAGCUCUCCGUAUGUGCAAGACAACCACUGACAUUGACGUCAUCAUAGAGUUGUCUAAACAUGACAACCCUCAAGUCCGCCAGAGGGCGCUAAAGGAGAUGUGUCCUUGCCGCGUUAAGAAGGACCUUGACGACUUCUGGCGCCGGGUGCUGCAGAUGAUUGACGACGAGGCAGACAAUGUGCGCAUGCAGGUUCUACACACGCUUUGUGACGGCUCCCCACAGCACAUGGAGUUUUCCGUGGCGGAAGCCCUGGAGGUGUUUAACCAUGACAGCAACAAGGUGAUCAGGAGAAAGGCUCACAAGGCCCUGACGUCAUACCGAAUGAGAGGCAAGUGGAACAUCAUGUGAUCGGGGAACAGGGAAUCAGCAUAGGGACAACUAUGAAGGUUUCUGUUCCUGGCAGUAGCCAUUCUACAGGCUCUGCCUGUCAGCAACACGGACACAGAAGUGAUGUUGUGAACAGUCGGGAUGAGCAGGGGAGUCAGAACUGCCUAGUUGUAUAUGUGACACUUGGUGGUUGUGUACUGUAUGGCCGUCGUCCUCCUGCUUGUGGACAACUUUAGUCCUUCAUCAUUGUUAUCCUUCCAGGACAUUGACUGUAUGCCUUGUUGAUGAAGUAAACUGCUGAAGCUGACCUAACUUCGACUAUGACACAAUUUCAUCCACAAACAUUUGUGAAAAAACGUCAUCGAAAUGUGAAAACAAAUUUGUCAUGGAUGACGGCCAUGCUUCAUUUGUCAUUAUCUCAAAUUUACUCAAGCUUGAUUUACGACUGACGUUAUGUGAUAUAGAGUCAUGACUGUAUAAAUGUACUGAUGAUAUAUUUUGUCAUUUGUUUUAUAUAAACGUUCAUUUGUCUGAUA